AAAUGCUCUCAUUCGCAGCUCGACGCUCCUUAAUCACACAAAAAUGCGCCGCCAGCACGUACAGCGGUCUAACAUCGGCGGAUUUUCUCAAAAAGAAGACAAAUGAGCCGAUUUUAGAGUAUCGAAAAGGAAGCAAAGAACGACAGGAUUUGGAGGCAGCGUUGGCGUUCUACAGCAAGAACAUCACAGAAGUUCCAUUGAGAAUUGGCGACAAGAAAAUCACGAAUAAAUUGGAGCAGAAGCAAGUUAUUCCCUCUGACCAUCGUUCAACACUUGCCAAGUACACUUAUGCCACCGGAGAGCAAAUUCAAGAAGCCAUCGAUGUGGCUCUUCAGGCGAGAGGCGCCUGGGAGAGAAAACCGCUUAAAGAACGAGCUGAAAUUUUGCUCCGCGCCGCCGAUUUGGCCGCUGGAAAGUACCGAAUGAAGCUGAACGCCUCCACGAUGCUCGGCCAGGGAAAGAAUAUUAUUCAGGCUGAAAUUGACGCCGCCUGUGAGCUCAUCGAUUUCUUCCGAUUCAACGCGGUUUUCGCUAUGGAGCUGGAGCAUUAUGAGCCGAUUUCCACGAAAAUCACCAAAAAUACGAUGCAGUUCCGUGGAAUGGAGGGAUUCGUCGCCGCAAUCGCACCGUUCAAUUUUACGGCGAUCGGAGGAAAUUUGCCGACUGCUCCGGCGCUUAUGGGUAACGUCUCCCUCUGGAAGCCAUCGAACACCGCCGUGCUCUCCAAUUAUAUAAUCUACGAACUCCUCGAGGAAGCUGGUAUGCCACCUGGAAUUCUCUCAUUCUUGCCAUCAGAUGGCCCCGUUUUCGGUGACGUCAUCACCGCAUCUCCACACUUGAGCGCUGUCAAUUUCACUGGCUCCGUGCCAACUUUCAAGACGAUUUGGAGAAAAGUCGCCGAGAAUUUGGAUAACUAUGUGACUUUUCCGAAACUCAUCGGAGAAUGCGGCGGAAAAAACUUCCACUUUGUGCAUCCAUCCGCCCACGUGGACGCUGUCGCCGCUGGAACCGCCCGUUCCGCCUGGGAAUAUUCGGGACAAAAGUGCUCGGCGUGCUCCAGGAUGUACGCGCCAAAAUCGAUUUGGCCAAAGAUUCUCGAGAAAAUCUCGGCGAUUCACAAAGAGAUCAAGCUUGGAGAUGUUCGCGAUGGAUCCGUCUUUCUGUCGGCUGUGAUCGAUGAUAAGGCGUUUGCCAGGCUCAAGGCCUACAUUGACUUUGCGAAAACCGGAGCCGACGGAGCAAAUGUGGUGCUCGGCGGAAAAUGUGACGACAAAACGGGAUACUUCAUCGAGCCGACCCUGAUCACUGUGACGGAUCCGAAGAGCAAGCUUCUCACUGAGGAAAUGUUCGGACCGGUGGUGACGGUACUGGUCUACGAGGAUUCGAAGGUUGAUGAGGUGCUCGCGACUGUGAAAGACGCGACACCUUAUGGGCUGACUGGCGCCGUUUUUUCGCAGGAUAAGGAGUUCCUUUAUAGGUUGGCAACUACAAAAAAUACAAGUUUUUGCACAGGUUUUCAGGGACUCAAAAAUUUUAUCUAAAAACCCAGCGGAAAGAAGAAAAACUCGAAUUUUCGGGUUUGUUAUGUUCAAAAAUGCUGAAAUUCAACAUUUUAGGCACAAGAAAACUGCCAAAAGUCGAUUUAAAAUUAUUCCCGGAAAAUUCGAAAUCUUGAAAUUCUGUUUUUUCGGCAAUUUUCAAGAAAUUUCUCUAUAACCGAACAAAAUAGGUUAAAAAAUGUCGAAAAACGAUAAUUACACAAUUUCUCCAAUAAAAACCCUCGAAUUUCGUCACAAAUCAAAUGAAAAGCUAGAAAAACUGGCAAAAAUCGAAAAAAAAAAGCGAUAACAACAAACAAAAAAUUUGAAAGCGACAGUAAGAUGUUCCUGAGCGUGGCGAGACCCAACAGUGAAAGUGUGUGUCCCUUUAAAGGGCUACGGUAUUUUUUAUUGGAAUUUUUGUUGGAUUUCGAUCGAUUUUUCGAGAUUUUUGAGGCGAAUUUUUGUGUUAAAAACGUUUUUCAACAAAGUGUUUUUUUUUCUCAGAGCUCGCGAUGUUCUCCGCGACGCCGUCGGCAACAUGUACCUCAACGACAAAUCAACUGGAUCAAUCGUCGGCCAGCAGCCAUUCGGAGGCUCCAGAUUGUCCGGAACCAAUGAUAAGGCCGGUGGCCCCCACUAUGGGCUCCGAUGGACCUCGCCGCUGACGAUUAAGGAGACGUCGGUGUCAUUGACUGACUGGAAAUAUCCAUCAAUGGAAUAAUUAUGUUGUUUUUUUCUUUUCAUUUCCGAUUUUUCUCAUAUUGAGAAUAUAGUUUUCUUUUUGAUUAGGUCAACAAUUAUUGCUUUACCACUGAAUUUUAAUUUUUUUUCCCCCGUGAUCGCAUAAUAAAUUUUGUUUUU